GGGGCUCGGGCCCUAACUCUCCCCUCCCUGCCCGCCCCUCCCCGCCCCUGGCUGGGCCAGCACCGGACCCCCGCCCCCAGACCCGGGAAGGACCGGCAGUGAGGGGGGUGCGGGAGGAGGGGGGCAGAGGUCGAGGGAUGGAUAUUUGGGGAGACAUGGGGAUGUUUGGGGAGGCAGCUUUGAGAACAGAAGGGGACACUGGAAAAUGUGGAGGGCAUUUGGAGGGACAGUUUCGGGGACCCGUUUUGGGUGAGUUCAUUUGAGGGGAUAAUUUGGACUAUGUUUUAAGGAACCAUUUUCGGGAAAAUAUAGUGACAUUUGGAGUAUAAUUUCAGAGAACAUUCAAGGGAUAUUUUUGGAAGGACAUUUUUAGGCCAGAUGUUGGGGUCAUUUGGGGGGAUGAUUUUGGAGACACUUCGGAAAUUUGGGGAAGACGUUUUGGAAUGUAUUUCACGCUACGGUUGUUUAGAGCACGGAUCUUGGGACAUUUAGGGGACAAUUGUGGCAUUUCAGGGACAGUUUAAGAAGGAUAGAUGACAGAUGGUUCUGGAAGACAUUUAAAGGGACCCUUUUAGGGGUUCCCAUGGGAAGAUUUUGGAGGUGGGGGUGAUGUUUGGAAAGGUGGCCUUCACUAAAGGGCUGGCUGGGGACAAUUUCUGGAAAGAUGCCUGGGGGGGCGGAAUUUAAUGGGACAAUGAUGGUAGUGGCUGUUGUAUGGACCUGGGAGCAGACGCUGGGGGGUGUAGGCUUGGGGGACGCUGUCUCAGAUCCCCGCCCAGGACUACCUCCCCCUGCAGCUGCGGCUCAGCCCCGCUGACCUUGGCUCCUGCCCGCCCUGUGGCCCCUGCCCCAUCCCGAAGCCGGCCGCCAGAGGCAGGCGCCAGAGCCAGGAGUGGGGCAAAAGUGACGAGCGACUGCUGCAGGCGGUGGAGAACGACGACGCUGCACGGGUGGCCGCUCUCAUCACCCGCAAGGGGCUGGUGCCCACGAAGCUGGACCCCGAGGGCAAGUCCGCGUUACAAUGCCCUCCACCUGGCGGCCAAGUAUGGGCACCCACAGUGCUUGGAGCAGCUGCUACAGGCGUCCUGUGUGGUGGAUAUUGUGGACAGCAGUGGAUGGACAGCCCUGCAUCAUGCAGCGGCUGGCGGUUGCAUUUCCUGCUCAGAAAUCCUUUGCUCUUUCAAGGCACAUCUGAGUCCCCGAGAUCGGUCAGGUACAACGCCCCUUAUCAUAGCCGCUCAGAUGUGUCACACAGAUCUGUGCCGCCUCCUCCUGCAGCAGGGGGCUGCCGCAAAUGACCAGGAUCUGCAGGGCAGGACAGCCCUGAUGCUGGCCUGUGAGGGGGCCAGCCCCGAAACAGUGGAGGUGCUGCUUCAGGGCGGGGCCCAGCCAGGCAUCACCGACGCCCUGGGCCAGGAUGCUGCCCACUACGGCGCCCUGGCGGGAGACAAACUCAUCCUGCACCUCCUGCAGGAGGCAGCUCAGCGCCCCUCACCACCCAGUGAGGAUGACUCAGGCGAGGCAUCAUCUCAGAACUCUGUGUGCAGCCACGAAAAGCGAGGGGCCCCCAAGAAGCGGAAAGCGCCUCAGCCCCCUGCUAGCAUCCCCAUGCCGGAUGAUCGCGAUGCCUACGAGGAGAUCGUGCGGCUGCGCCAGGAGAGGGGCCGCCUGCUGCAGAAGAUCCGGGGCCUGGAACAGCACCAGGAACGGAGGAAACAGGAGCUGCCAGAGACAGAGGCCAGCUCCCUACACAGCCUGGAGAGACAGGUACGAGAGCUGCAGCAGCUGCUGGUGGAGAAGCAGGAAGAGAAGGAGAGCCUGGGACGCGAGGUGGAGAGUUUGCAGAGCAGGCUGUCCCUGCUGGAGAAUGAGCGGGAGAACACGAGCUAUGACGUGGCCACCCUGCAGGAUGAGGAAGGUGAACUGUCUGACUUUCCAGGGGCCGAGGCUCUGCUCUCCAAACGGCUAAGCCCCUCGGCCCAGGAGCUCUUGGCCUCGCUGCGGGAGCAAGUGGCUGCACUCACCAGACAAAACCAGGAGCUGAUGGAGAAGGUCCAGAUCCUGGAGAGCUUUGAGAAGGAUGAGAUGGAGGUAAACGGGUCAGCCGAGGUCAUCCCCCUGGCCCUCUAUGACUCUCUCCGGGCUGAGUUCGACCAGCUCCGCAGGCGGCACGCCGACGCCCUGCGGGCACUGGAGCGACAGGAGGCACAGCGCGGCCCUGGAGAAGAGGAGGCGGCCCCUGGGGAGGGCAAGGGCACGGGAGUCAAGACCACCAGGGACGGGCCAAUGGAAAUGGAGCUUAAUGGCACCACGGCUCCGGGAACCAAAGUUGACGGAGCCGAGGCCACCGAGGACGGGGCUGCAGGAGAUGAAACCGUGGAAGCGGCAUCCACAGGGGCCGAGGCCACAGAAACAAAACCCACAGAGGCCGAGGCCACGGAACCAAAACCCACAGACGCCGAGGCCACGGAACCAAAACCCACAGACGCCGAGGCCACAGAAACAAGAUCCACGGGGGGCGAGGCUGCAGAAACAGAGGCUCCGGAAGAGGCAGGAAACCCAGAAGCGGAGGCCACAAAGCCGAAAGCCGAGGGAGCAGAGGUGAAGGCCAAUGGAGUGGGUGAGGUGGAGGCGGAGCUUCCGGGCACAGAGACCACCCACGUGGAGGCCCCAGCCCCGAGGGGCCCCCUGGGCGCCGUCCUGCACCCUGGUGCUGCCGAGGCCUCAGAACAGCUGCAAGCGGAGCUGGAGACCAGGAUCCGUGGCUUGGAGGAGGCACUCCGGCAACGGGAGCGGGAGGCGGCCGCCGAGCUGGAGGCGGCCCACGGCAAGCGCCAGGCGGCAGAGGCCGAGGCUGGCCGGCUCCGGGAGCGGAUGCGCGAGGCUGAGGGUGGCGGAGCCUCGGGGAGCGGCGGCGGCGGCGGGGACGCGGUGCAGCUGCGAGCCGCCCUGGAGCAGGCCCGCGAGGACCUCCGAGUCCGGGACUCCCGGCUCCGGGAGCUGGAGGCGACCUCGGCCCGGCUGGACGAGGCCCGCGCUGGCCGCCUGCUGGCCGAGGAGGAGGCCCGGGGCCUGCGGGCAGAGCUGGCCCGGCGGGAGGAGGUGCGGCUGGAGCAGAGCCGGGAGCUGCAGGUGCUCCGCGAGCAGCUGGCCACCGCCUCGGCCGCCGGGGAACAGCAGCGGGCGGUGGCUGCCGAGCUGGGCCGCGCACGGGAUGCGGCCGAGGCCCGGGCGGCCGAGCUGGCGGCGGCCUGCGAGGAGGCCCGGCGGGGCCUGGCGGAGCUGCGGGAGGCCUCCGAGGCCCUGCGUCAGUCGGCCGUGCCGGCCUCCGAGCACCACCGGCUGCAGGAGGAGGCCCUGGAGCUGCGGGGCCGGGCGGCCGGCCUGGAGCAGGAGGUGGUGGCCACCGGCAAGGAGGCCGCCCGGCUGCGCGCCGAGCUGGAGCGGGAGCGCGCGGGGAGCGUGGCCCGCCUGGAGCACGAGCGCGUGGUGGGCGCCUUGCAGGCCGACGUGGCCCGGCUGGAGGGGCAGCUGGAGGAGCUGGCACGACGGCACGAGAAAACCAGCGCUGAGGUGUUCCAGGUCCAGAGGGAGGCGUUAUUCAUGAAGAGUGAACGUCACGCGGCCGAGGCCCAGCUGGCCUCGGCAGAGCAGCAGCUGCGGGGGCUCCGCACCGAGGCCGAGCGGGCACGCCAGGCCCAGAGCCGUGCCCAGGAGGCCCUGGAUAUGGCCAAGGAAAAGGACAAGAAGAUUACAGAGCUGUCCAAGGAAGUCUUCAGUCUCAAGGAGGCCCUGAAGGACCAGCCGGCCGCCCCAGGCCUCUCGGAGGUGGAGGCCCUCCGUGGCCAGGUUAAAGCUCUACAGGAGCAGCUGGAGCAGGCUGCCAGGGACCACAGCGCAGUGGUGGCCUUGUAUAGGAGCCACCUCCUGUAUGCCAUUCAGGGUCAGAUGGACGAAGACGUACAGCAGAUUCUGAGCCAGAUCCUACAGAUGCAGAGGCUUCAGGCUCAGGGCCGCUGAGCAUCAGAACACUGGCCUUCCGCCCGCCAGGCCCCGCGCAGGGGUGUCCGGGCUCCCACACUGGCCCCCCUAACUCGCAGACCAGUCUGGGCCCUCCCGACCGCCCCUGGCUGUGUCCACUGCCCCACUGCCCCCCCCCCUCCCGCACACACUGGCCAGUGUCAGGGCCAGCCCUGACCGUCCCCCGCCCCCACCGGAGAAUCUGUGGUCCCCUCUCCCGCGUCCUAUCUGUCCUGUCUGUCCCGUAGCCAGGCAGCACCCCGGACCCCAGAAAUAAAAGCUCUUGGAGCCAAGGA